CGCAAACGAGCGGGCGUUCGGGAUGGGGUCGGUGGUUCUAAAGAGCCUCUCCGUUCUUCUGGGGCUCUUCUUCAUCUUCAUAGGCACCAUGAAGCUCACCUCCUUCAUCAGCAAGGAUCUCCACAAAGACUUGAGAAAAGAAUAUGUCAAAUAUGCUAAAGUUUUUCCACUUUCGCAAACAUUAGACUUCAAAAUACCAGCAAAAUGGUACAGGAGGGUAAUAGGAGGAAUUGAAUUAGUCUGCGGACUUGCAAUGGCUUUAGUACCGAUCGAUGCAGUAAAGCAAGGAGCGAAUAUAACUCUAUUACUUUUGAUGCUUAUGGCUGUGUAUUCGCAUUACAUGGUAAAUGACAAAUUCGAGAGAACAGCACCUGCUCUGGUAUUUUUUUUCAUGCUAACCGGUCGAAUGGUUAUAGACUGGCAAUUGAAACGAAAGCAAGACGUAAUGGCAACAAGUAAUGGAGAUACUAAACAGAAAAAACAAGACUGAUUCUCUUUUGGUUAUUUAUUUGUUUGUGAACUCAGGGAGAUGAAAUUUUCAUAUUAAUGAACAUUAAUCGUUCAUCGAGAAACAUAAAAGCGAAAAAAAGAAACGAGAUAGAUUAAUGAUAUUGUAUUUUAAAUGGAGCCAUAUCAUUGUAGUGUCUUCUUUUCUCAGAUAUGAUAGCAUUUGAUACUAGUUGCUAUUAAAAAUAAAUUUAACCUUGAAGAAUCAACAAGCUUAAACUGGUCAAAUAUUUUGCACCAGUUACUUUUAAACAAAAUAUUUGAAAAUUAAAAACUUACAUGGUUGUUUUUGAAAAUUAAUGUAGGGGAUGG